AUGACUUUGCAUCUCUCAAGUAAAACUGAAAGACCAACACCGGCUUCCGGACAAGAUCUGGCAAUAAACACAGUUGACACAUACAACUCAAUGAGUUCGUCGCAUGCUCAGACAUCAUCUGACGAGCCUGAGGAGAGUCAACAGUGCUCUCAAGAUGCUGCCUUCUUGAGUGAAAACGAAAUGCUUUCGUCAAACUUAUCAAGUGAAACCCAGCAAGAAGAUGUUGAGCUAACAGCUUUGCGAAGUUUUCAAACUCAUGCCGACAGUCGCAGACAACGUCUAGCGGUGGAUGCCAAACGAGCAGCACUUGAAAGGGCUGAGGAGACUGAACAUGAGCGCAGCUUACGACUUGCAGCUGUUGCUAAGAGGGCUAGGCUAAAAAGAUCAGCCGAAUCCGAGGAAGAGAAGUUAGUUCGUCUUGCGAAAAAUGUGGAAAGGGAGAGAGCAAGACGGUUGGCUGUAAAAGAACGAACAAGCAGAAAUCCUCCCAAGAAAGUUCUGUACAGCAAGGCCUGGGAGAAGAAGGUUUACAUCAUCAAUUUCCAAGCACAUCUCGUGCUUAUGGAUCAGAAGCUUUGGUAA